CGAGGCAUCGAACGCUCUCCGUAAGGACGUGGUCAGAAAGGCCGUCAGAUUCGUGCAAGCCAACAUGGGGAAGCCCAUUCAAAUUGACCAUUUGACUUUCCAAACAUCACUUCAUCUCGUGACGAACAUGAUGUGGGGCGGGAUAGUGGAAGGGGAACUAGGCGCAAAAAUCGAAGCAGAGUUCUUUGUCCUAGUCUCGAAGAUUCUCGAUUUGUUGGGAAAGCCAAAGGUUUCUGAUUUAUUUCCAGUUCUUGCCAGGUUUGAUAUGCAAGGUAUAAAGAGACAGAUGGAGGGUUACAUGCAAUCCGCGGACACGAUUUUUGAAGCCGUUAUUGCAUAACACAAGAACAAAUCGUCCGGAGAAAUCAAGAGAGAGGCCGGAAGGAAGGACUUUCUCCAAAUCCUGUUAGGCCUUCAAAAGAGUGAAGAUUCGGCCGUGUCAAUUAGUCAUACAACAAUCAAGGCCAUGUUAGCCGAUAUCGUGGGAGGCGGGACUGAUAGUACAACAAGGACAGUUGAGUGGGCAAUUGCUGAGCUAAUGAAUAAUCCCGAGCUCAUGAGCAAGGCGCAAAAAGAAUUAUCCGAAGUAGUGGGAUCGAACAACAUUGUCGAAGAGUUCCAUAUUCCGAAAUUGAAAUAUUUGGAAGCAAUUAUCAAAGAAACACUUCGCUUAUAUCCACCGGCACCCAUCCUGAUUCCCAAGUCGCCUACCGAAUCUUCCACAAUCGGGGGAUACACUAUCCUGAAGAAUACACGGGUCUUUAUAAAUAUGUUGGCCGUCCAUAGAGACCCUUGCAUUUGGGAUAGUCCAAUGGAAUUCAGGCCGGAGAGAUUUUUCGAGGACGACGGAAAUUGUGAUUUUAGAGGUAACCAUUUUCAUUAUCUUCCGUUUGGAUCCGGGAGAAGGAUUUGUACUGGAAUGCCUUUGGCAGAAAGAAUGAUAGCUUAUUUUUUGGCUUCACUUUUGCAUUCUUUCAAUUGGAAAUUGCCGCACAGGGAAAAACUUGAUAUGUCCGAGACAUUCAGGAUGGUCCUAAGGAAAAAUACACCACUUGUUGGGAUUCCGAGCUCCAGGUUAUCUCAUUCAUACUUAUAUGUGUAAUUGCAAAUUUGUAACUUUUUAUUUCCAAAA